GCUGUGUGCGAAUUUUGUAUGCUUCAUGAUGAUAAUCACAGAUUACCAAUAUGAUGAACAAGACACCUGAGAGCUAAUUUGCUAUUGGUCCUUUUCAAUAUUCUUUAUUUUCACUCCAUCAGGACUACCCAUUUACUUUAUAUCUCGGGAAGAAAACCAAUAUUUUUGGACCAAAGAGGCACAGUUUAUUACGAUUUGACUUUUCUCUAUUCCUUUCCUCGCCUUGUACAUUCCUCUGCCAAUAGUGUUCGAUGAGUCUAAGGAUGCAGGCUUCUGGAUCGGCUAUUCAUUGAUGAUUUACUUGUCAAUUUACUGCCAUUUAUUCUACUUUCAGGAAGGGUGAAUGUUCAAGAUCGAAUGGAUCACGUACUUGAGCCCUGCAACAUGGAUAGUAGCACUUGGAUUCUUCAUUUGGGAAGUGAAGAGCUGAAUUACUGAAACAUGCUGAGAGAAAUGAUGUGAAACAUCUGAGAGUCUGAGUCGUGAGCAAGCAGAUAGAAUACUCCAGCUUGAACUCCAACUGCAAGAGCAAGAAAGAACAAUACAGAGAUUACAGACGAUGAAUUCCAGAUUCAUAAGGGGUAACCCAUAUGCAGAAGAUUUUGUCAAUUAUGCUGAUUCUGAAAGCCAUAUUGAUCCAAUAUUUAUGUCAAGAGAGAAUAAUGAAUCAGUGUUUCCAAUCGACCUUGAGCCAUUUAAUGACGGAAGAAGAGUAAAGAGAUGCAAUAAAUGAAGAAAUAUGAUGCAUAAAGAUUGUUUUGAUGAAUGGUUUCAACAUCACGAAAGUUGUCCUAUCUGUAGAAGUCUUUUAUAAUCCAUGGACAUUAAGACACAUCCUUUUUUUAGAUUGCGACAUUUCAGGAGACUAGAAUUGAAAACAAUCAUAAAUAAAUAGUUUUGC